AUGGAAGAGCAGCAGUAUCAGUGGCAGAUUAGGCAGCGAUAUUACCACUAUAGGUACAAUAUUGACCAAGAACUACGGCGGAGGGGACAUUUUGUAGGUGAAGAGAUCGAUGCACCACCGACGCAAUUGGCUCCAGCGCCACCGGUGGACGACUACAACGAGUAUGGCACCGGUGACAGUAUGGUAGUCAGCAGCGACGUGUUCUAUACCAUGCGAGAAGCGUCAACCCUGACCGCUCCCCCCAAUUUGGCCGAGGAAGACGGUCCAGCCUCUGAAGAGAGCGAAAUUCGGGAUCCUACCUACGUGAAUCUGAACUUCCUCAAGGCACAACAUAUGCAACAAUCGACGAGGUUAUGA